ACGACCAAAGAAGCAACAUAUUUGCUUGGUUCCAAUUUUUAUAUUUUUUCUUUUUUAUUUUCUUCAAUAAAAGUUUACAUUUUGAAAUUAAUAAAGUAGGAAGAGCAAAAACUUGUAAUCCACAUCAUGUCAAAUUUCACUCUAAGGUCACAGAAAAAAGCAAUACCCCGACCAAAAGUAGUGACCAGACCAGCCGUUAGAAAUUACUAUAAAAGCCAAACUCAAAUCAAAAAUAUCAAAAAGCAAACCAUUAGUUGCAGCUGGAGAAAAUGCACCGAAAUAUUUACUUCUGUACUCGAACUUGAUGAACAUCUCCACAAACACAUGGAAAAAAUUCGUGCGAAAGCUCCUUACAGUUGCAAGUGGGAGUCUUGUGAUUUCUCGUGCAAUUGCCUAAUUGAACUGCAUCGACAUGUUUACUAUCAUGGUUAUCACUCAACUCUGUUGAAUAUUGGGCGAGAGGAGUGCCAGAAGGCAAACAUUCCGGAUUGUGCACUUAGCGAGAGCAACAAAAACUCAUUGCCAGAACUCAAAAAGGACUUUGAAUGUCUGUGGUCGAGCUGCAAUCGCAAUUUUGUUUCCAUCACCGAGUUCCAAGACCACGUAGCACUCCAUUCCGCCUUCGAUUACGAUAUGUUGAAAACACAUGAAGAUGAAAUGCCUAAAGCCAAAUGCAAUUGGCAGUUCUGCAAGAAAAUAUUCCCCAACAAGUAUAGGCUAGUAGAGCACACUCGUAUGCAUUCUAAUCAAAAAUUAUUUGGGUGUCACAAAUGUGGAGAACUAUUUCGGACGAAAACAACACUGUUCGAUCAUUGCAGACGGCAGGAGACCAAUAAUACACACAAAUAUCAAUGUGGCCAGUGUUAUAAGUUCUACGCGACUGAGAAACUCUUGCGUAAUCACGUUAUUGUUCAUGUCAUGUGUUUGAAAUGUUCUAUGUGCGACAUGACUUGCAACUCUUCCAACGCCCUUGCCACUCAUAUCCGCUAUCGACAUUUAAAAGAACGUCCCAUGAGGUGUCCUGAGUGCAACUACAAAUGUGUGACCAAAGCUGACUUAGCUAAGCACAAGCUACAUGUUCACAUCAAAUUUGUGAGACGGUGUGGAGAAUCCGGUUGCAAUUAUCGCGUUAAAUCAUUGCAUGCCCUCAAAAAGCAUUAUCUUGAGGUUCACGCUAACAGUCCAUCAAUCUACCUCUGUCACUGUUGUGAAAAACUAUUCAAAUAUGGAACGCUUUUAUCCAAACAUUUAAUAGCAAAACAUAAUUUCCAACUUCCAUCGGGGCACAAACGUUUUACGUAUCGUAUUGAUGAGAAUGGCUUCUAUUGUCUCGAAACAACACGAAUAGAAAGCUUGGAAGUGACACGACAAAUUCUUUCUCCAGUUACGUUUGAAAUAUCCGAACUUAAUGAGGAUAGUAAUGGUGAAAUAGUGAAUAAUAAUGAAAGUGCAUUCAAAAAUGAAUCGACAUCACUUCAAAAGCUGGUUACGAUAACACUUGAAGACGAAGACUGAAAAUUUCCUGAUCACUAAAUCAAACAUAAACGGGCAUUUGUUUUAAUAGAAAAAUUAUCAAUUUUGCAAUAAUACCUUCACACAUGUAUGUAUAUCUUAAAUAUUUCUUAUUUUUAUUUUUUAUAAAAUAAUAUUGUUAUAGUUUUCUGCCAUAAAAUUAGGUAAAUUAAAAAAAAACUAUCUAACCGAUAGAAGAUAUAUUACAAAUAAUAUAGCAAGAGAAAUUAAUUUUACAAAUUUGAAGUUUAAUUAGAUUUAAAACAACUUUUACUUUUUAAUCGUUCAUAUGUUAUGAAAUUCCGAAGAUAUUCCUUUUUUCAGAGCUGUCAAUUUUGUAUAUGAUUUAUAUAGCCUUACUUACUUACUUAGCCGACAUAAUACCUGCGAUCUCUGAGACCGCAACGAAUUUUCUUAUUAAAAUAUCUCAAAAUGUAUACGUCCUUUGACUGAGAAAUUUAUGAAUUAUUAUUAACAAAUGCAUUUAAAAUUA